AUGCCUCGUUUACAUUCAUCCCGCUUCCGUGGCAGUGAGCAGGGAAGUGGGCAUGGAAGUCGGCAACGCGAGUAUGCAAACACGUCAUUCGCGCUGACCGCGCUCCUCGCGUUGUCGCUGCCCGACGCUCCCGUCACGAGCGGUAAACUGAGCAGCGCGAGCAGCAACAUAACCGGCAGUGCGAGCGUGAGUACGUGUUUACAUUCUGUUAAAAUACAGUUAUCGCACAAGUGCGUGAAGAAGAACGUUGUGCACGCGUAA